UCAAAACAGUGAGAUACCGUCAACAUUCCCAAAACUAAAAGAGCUUAAACUAACAAACUUGAAGAGUUUCAACCGAUGGUGGGAAAUAAAUGAGAGACAAGAAAAGCUUGAUUUUCCUCAGCUUGAGAAGCUGGUUAUUAAGGGAUGUGGAGAGCUAACAUCACUGCCUACUAGUGACAGUAAUAUGUCAGAGCCUGCAUUACCAGCUUUAAAGGAACUCGAACUCUGUGAUUUAAAUCAAUUCGAGAGAUGGCAGGCAGCGGAAGGAACACAAGACAAACCACCGACCUUCCCUAACCUUGAGAACAUUAGUAUUGUGAAAUGUCCAGAGUUGACAAGUCUACCAGAAGCACCAAAGCUCAGUGUGUUAGACAUAGGAAAUGGCUCUGAACAGAUGCUCCUUUGCAUACCUAGAUACAUGGCUUCAUUGUCCACUCUGAGAUUGCAGCAUGAAGGUGAAGAAACAACACCUCUAACUGAACGCUUUUUGAUUGAGUGGGUGGAUGGCAAGGACAAUCAGAAUCGUGAGUACCCUUUGCCAGUUAUGAAGCUAGUUGGCUUCAACGUGUUCUUCCGUUCAGGUGCACAAGCACUAUGGGCAUGCUUUGCACAGCUUAAAGAUUUGGUAAUUAUUAGUUGUGAUGGUCUCAUCCACUGGCCAGAGAGAGAAUUUCAGAGCUUGGUAGCCUUGAGGACAUUAGUGAUACAGCGAUGCAGCAAACUGAAGGGAUUCUCGCCACAAGCUCUUGAGCAGUCAACAUCAGGAAGGGAGAUACUCCUGCCACGUCUGGAGUCACUAUCAAUACAUGAAUGUGAAAGUUUGGUAGAGAUCUUCAACGCCCCACCAUCUCUCAAGGAAAUGGACAUAGACGACAACCCUAAGCUUGAGUCGAUAUUCGGCCAGCAGAGACACGGGCCAGCAGGGCCUUGCAGCGACAACAUUGUGUCUGCUGUUGCGUUGGAACCAUCAUCACCAGCUGGGGACCGCUUCUCUCCUCCUGAAUCACUGGAGUCUCACUCGGGCGAGCUCCCUUCGUUGGUACAACUCAAUCUCCACCACUGCAAAAGCCUGGCAUCGCUACAAGAUUCACCGCAAGCAUACUCAUCCCUCCAACAGCUUAUCAUUAAUGAAUGCCCUGCUCUAAAAGUGCUCCCUACAUGCCUGCGGCAACAGCUGCCCAGCCUCAAGCGGAAAUAUCUAGACGCCCAUCAUGAAGGAUUGUUCUUGGUUUGAGGUUGAGUUUUGCCAGAUGCCAACAAGAUUGAAAUUAAACCCAUUCUCAUUCUUAUCAUGCAUGAUGUUCUUUCCAUUAAAAUUAUCGUCAAGUCCUCCAUAAAAAUCUCAAAAUGGAUAUAGCAAAUUAAUGUUAAGGGACUGAAAAGUCGAAUAUACUGGAUCGCCAACCCUGCUCUUGCAAGUUCAUUAGCGAUUGCCUAUAUACUUCAUCUUAACAUUCUGUUAGCCAAGGAUUUCCUCAACACUGAUUUUCAUUAAAGUAGUUUGUAAUAGUUCUCUACUCAAGAUAUAUACUACAAUACUUUUUGUGUAAUGCCUAUAUAUACAUAUAUAUUUUUUUCAUGGUACAUUAACUUAUA